GGGGCUGUUGCUCCGGCUGCUGCAGGAGGCGGCGCUGGCUGGCGGCUGCGCUCGCUCCAGUCGGCGAGCGGAGGAGCGAGCGAGCGUGCGUGUGUUUUUUAAAGAUGGCCGGAGCGGCGGCGGCGGUGGCCGCGGGAGCAGCGGCGGGAGCCGCCGCGGCGGCGGUGUCGGUGUCGGCUCCGGGUCGGGCCUCGGCGCCCCCUCCGCCCCCGCCCGUGUACUGUGUGUGCCGGCAGCCCUACGACGUGAACCGCUUCAUGAUCGAGUGCGAUGUCUGCAAGGACUGGUUCCACGGCAGCUGUGUUGGUGUAGAAGAACAUCAUGCUGUUGACAUUGACUUGUAUCACUGCCCUAACUGUGCAGUUCUACAUGGCUCUUCUUUGAUGAAGAAGAGGAGGAACUGGCACAGGCAUGACUACACAGAAGUGGAUGACGGCUCCAAGCCUGUGCAAGCUGGAACCAGGGCCUUUGUUAAAGAACUACGUUCUCGAGUCUUCCCAAGUGCCGAUGAAAUCAUUGUAAAGAUGCAUGGCAGUCAGCUGACACAAAGAUAUCUGGAAAAACAUGGAUUUGAUGUCCCUAUUAUGGUCCCUAAAUUAGAUGACCUUGGACUCAGGCUCCCUUCACCUGCUUUUUCAGUGAUGGAUGUGGAACGUUAUGUAGGUGGUGACAAAGUGAUAGACGUCAUUGAUGUGGCAAGGCAGGCAGACAGCAAAAUGACACUUCACAAUUAUGUUAAAUACUUCAUGAAUCCUAACAGACCAAAAGUGUUAAAUGUGAUCAGCCUUGAAUUUUCGGAUACAAAGAUGUCUGAAUUGGUGGAGGUUCCUGAUAUAGCCAGAAAACUUUCCUGGGUGGAAAAUUACUGGCCAGAUGAUUCAGUCUUCCCCAAGCCCUUUGUCCAGAAAUACUGCUUAAUGGGAGUUCAAGAUAGCUAUACAGAUUUCCACAUUGACUUUGGUGGGACUUCGGUCUGGUACCAUGUCCUUUGGGGUGAGAAGAUUUUUUAUUUGAUAAAGCCAACAAAUGAAAAUUUGGCACUCUAUGAAUCUUGGAGUUCAUCUGUGACCCAGAGUGAGGUGUUCUUUGGCGAUAAAGUAGAUAAAUGCUACAAAUGUGUGGUAAAGCAGGGACAUACCUUAUUUGUUCCCACAGGGUGGAUUCAUGCUGUGCUCACUUCUCAGGACUGUAUGGCUUUUGGGGGUAACUUUCUUCACAACCUCAACAUUGGCAUGCAGCUCAGGUGUUAUGAGAUGGAGAAAAGACUAAAAACACCAGAUCUUUUCAAAUUCCCUUUCUUUGAAGCCAUAUGCUGGUUUGUAGCCAAAAGUUUGCUGGAAACCCUGAAAGAACUGAAAGAAGAUGGUUUCCAGCCUCAAACUUACUUAGUACAGGGAGUGAAAGCACUGCAUACUGCUUUAAAAUUAUGGAUGAAAAAAGAACUUGUAUCUGAACAUGCCUUCGAAAUUCCAGACAAUGUUAGACCUGGGCAUCUUAUUAAAGAACUUUCUAAAGUAAUUCGAGCAAUAGAGGAAGAAAAUGGCAAACCAGUUAAAUCUCAGGGAAUUCCUACUGUGUGUCCAGUUUCACGGCCUUCAAAUGAAGCAUCUUCACCGUAUCAUUCCCGGCGAAAGAUGAGGAAACUUCGAGAUCAUAAUGUCCGAACUCCUUCUAACCUAGAUAUCCUUGAGCUUCAUACAAGGGAAGUCCUCAAAAGAUUAGAGAUGUGUCCAUGGGAGGAGGACAUAUUGAGCUCUAAACUGAAUGGGAAAUUCAACAAACAUCUCCAGCCAUCUUCUACUGUACCUGAAUGGAGAGCAAAAGAUAAUGAUCUACGAUUACUGCUGACAAAUGGAAGAAUAAUUAAAGAUGAGAGACAGCUGUUUGCAGAUCGGAGUCUUUAUACAGCAGAUAGUGAAAACGAAGAAGACAAGAAACCAACAAAGAAGGCAAACAUGAAGACAGAACAGAGCUCAGGAAGAGAGGGGAUAGAAAGUGGAGGAUCUCCAAAACCACUUAACAGAAUCUUUACAAGUGUGAAAUCGGAACUCAGGAAUAGAACAUCAGAAUAUUCUGAUGUUUCUGAUUCAGAAGACUCUGGACCUGAUUGCACUGCACUGAAAAUUAAUUUUGCCACUGAAGAUUCUGAAAGUUCAGGUGAUGAAAAGAAACAUAAAAUAACAUCAAACUUUGAGGAAUCUGAUAUAGUGAGGAACCUCCUUCAGAAGAGCCAGAAGCCAUCUAGAAACGAAACUCCAGUUAAAAGGGAAUGUCCUACCUCGACAAGCAUGGAGGAAGAAGCUAUCCAGGGCAUGCUGUCCAUGGCAGGGCUGCACUAUUCCACGUGUUUACACAGUACAGACUGCAGUGGUGACAAGGACGCUCUCCAGGAUCCCAGCAGCUGCCACAGCAGUCACCCUGAGCUUAGACAGUUGUAUCGCUGCGAUAAACCAGUGGAAUUUGGAUACCAUGCCAAGGCUGAAGAUCAAGAUUUGAGGACUUCUUCCUGGACUAAACAGUUUGAUAGAACUUCCAGAUUUAAUACUCAGGACUUAAGUAGAAGCCAGAAAUACAUCAAAAAGGAAAGCUCUUCAGAAAUCAGUCAGAAGGCACAAAGCAGGCAUUGUGUGGACAGCAAUAACCCAAGCAUUCAGAAUGGAAAGUACAUGCUGAAUCCCAGUUUGGUUUCAGGGCCAUGCCAGAUAAGUAAUGGCAGUCUAAGCCCAGAAGGGCCUAUUGGUGAAACUUCUUUUUCAGUGCCCCUUCACCCCACCAAGAGACCUGCAUCAAAUCCACCACCUAUUAGCAACCAGGCAACAAAAGGUAAACGUCCAAAAAAAGGAAUGGCAACAGCCAAACAACGUCUUGGGAAGAUCCUUAAAUUGAACAGAAAUGGCCAUGCACGUUUCUUCGUGUGAGAGCUGCCUUUGCAGUCACUCUUCCCUUUGAAGGCCAGUCUUGGGGUAUGGAAGCCUGGAGUUUCUACCAUCCCCUGGCUGGAGCAGUUUGUGUGUACAAUAAUACUGCCUGAAGAACAGAACGAACCUGAUGCUGCAUUUUCACUGUGCCACACCCACUCAGCAAUAACCCUUUGGACCUGGUGGGGGAGAAGAAGAAGGAGGGUAGAACCUUAAAAAGAGACCUUGAACUGGAAAGGGGUCUCUUGUCAGGGCUUGAAUUUAAUUUGUUGUUGGUAGUGUCUUGAUUUAUUUUCAGUAGUAGGAUAAAGAAUUAUCAAUAAUUUAUUUAACAGAUUUUUUUAAAAGUUAACAGCUUUUAAAUUCUUUCUUUUUUAAAGCUAUUUAUUUGGAAGACUUCUGGAGAACUAUCUCACUAAUUUAGAUUUAAGAAUGUGAAGGUUUUUAAAUUAUUUUUGAUAGUGUGUGUGUUACGUGUGGAGAAGAGCCACAGUAACAGUAGCUAGUCUGGACUUUUAAAUUUGAUAUUCAGGUUAAAGUCUUAAACAGGGAUUUGAUGCAUUAAUUAUUUUAAAUUAAGAUGUAUAUGAAAUCAUUUUAUUUUAUAUAUUUCAUGUGUUUUUUAUAAGCUAUUAGCUUCGCUUUUGCUAACAUCCAAGGUGCAUACUGUAAUCCAGGUUGAUUCCCUUAUACCCCAUCCUCCCUCUGCACAGCCCUCCCCAAUGUUUUGAGAUGACCCGAGACUUCUCUUUGCAGGGAAAUACCUUCAUAGCCAAUGUUUAAGAACCACAUAGACAAGUCCUCACUUCUCCUUUCUUUUGACAUUGUGGUUUGCUUCUACAUGUAAAGAAACAGGCUUGUUUCAUUUUCAUUUCUCCUGAUGAUAUCUGGGUCCCAAAGAGAACAGCUUUAAUAUCUUUUUCCUGCUUAUGGGGAAAGUAUAAGUUUGGUUAAAAUGUCCUGUUUGUAGUUUUUCCAAAAACAUUUAUAAUUACAGAGGGCCUUCUUCAAUACUGCUGGUGUUGGAAGAGCCAACAUCUACUAUAGGUUAUAUCUUACCAUGCUUUUAUUAUCUAGACAUAAUUUUUUUAGAAACACAAUUUGAUUUAGGAUAUUCAGAUCUGCAUAAAAGUCAUAAUACAAUAGGAUUAUGCUAUAUUAAGUUGUAAGUAGUAAGCAUGUUGGAAUAGAUUUGUGUGUGUAUAUGUGCUUUUUUAUUUUUAAUUUUCAGAAGAAUUAUUUCAAUAUAGAUUUAGAGUAAAAUGGGUGCUUUUUGCAGUUUCUUCCAUCUGUCUUGGCUAGUAGCAUAUGGAAGUUAAGUGUCUGGUUGAACUUUAAUUAAGAUAAUUUAUCUCCUAUAUGUACAAUUUUUACUAAAUACAAGUUUUCAGUUGUUUAUAUAGUAAUUUUUAGUUUCCCCAUUUCCCCUUCAUGGCAUAAAAAUAAAUUGAUAUUGAGGGGUGUUAAGGUAUCACAUUUUACAAAUUCCUACAAAAACAAUAUAGGCAAAUAACAUGAAAUUUAUUUUUAUUGAAAAAUAUGGCUGUAUAUUGGAUUUUGUCUUUUUCACUCAGCAAGGUAGCUAAACUUUUUCUUCUCUAUUAAGCACUAAAUUAAAAGAAUUAUGUACUAGUAUCUUUCAUAGUUGCAUUGAAAAUAUGUAUUUCCAAAGAGAAAUAUUUUUUGUUUUCUCUCUUUUUUAAUAUGUCAUGGGAUAAGGACAUUGCAAAUUUACAUUUUUCAGUCUUAUUUUGGGUGUCAGGAAGAAGGAUUUUUAUGGAAUUCUUAGUAUCUGUAGACAGCCUCUCUAACCCCUGCCUACACCAUGCCAUAACUAGUGGAGAGAGGGAUGCAGUCAGUUGGUUGUAUCUCAGGAUGCAAAAAUCUGGAUUUGUCUGAUUGCUUGCCUUUCCACAAGAUAUCACUGUGAUGUCUUAGUUCUCUGUUUUAUUGUUAGAACACACAUUUUUAUUUGGGUUAAGAAAUAAUGAUUAUUUCUUUUUCUAGUUACAUUAUGAUGGAUUUUUUAAAAACAAUUCUAAGUAUUUUAGUUGGUUUUUUUUUUUGCCAUAAAAUUAAAACAAUUUACUUUUUAUGAAUUAAAAUUGUGUCCAGUAUCUACCCUGUGUCCUUAGUUUGACAAACACUAAUUUUGAGUUGAUAGUAUAUGGAAUUUUUAAAGUGACAGUACUGUGGAUUCAUUUUUAAAAAUCAUUUUAGUCCAUUAACUGACUAAAUUACAAAACUUUUAGCCAGUUAAUACAGCCACUAUGAGAAUAUCUCUGUAUGUUUUUCUAAUUGAUCAAAAAUUCAGCCACACAGCCAUUUAUUUUCCUAGUAAAACUUCUAAUAGUUCCCCAGCUGUGAUGUGUUCUUUUAUCUUGUAGAAGUGGCAAGACUUUGAUGUAUGACUACUGCUAGGAUCUGGGCUCAACAGUAAUAAGCAGUCUCUGUCUUUCCCAUAGUCUCAUUUAUAAACAGUAUACCACACCUUGAGCAAGAAGACAGUGGUGAUAGCAUUUAGUUAUAAGCAAGUUAAAUGAGUAAAAUUGAAAACUAUUUAAUACAUGCAGCUUUAAUUGCAGUAGUGAUCCUGUCUUAUUUCAAAUAAGUGACCCUUAACCUGGGUUCUACUGUACUGUAGUUCACAACUUUAUAUAAUAUUAUGCUUCCCAGUAUUAGUGAAUGAUUAACAAUACAAAACUGGCAGCUUAGUAGUUCAGGAUCUUUGGAACAAAUUGAAAUUCAUAAAUAAAGUUCAUUUUUGAAGCACACAAUUGAACUAUGUACUGAAAUCACAAACUUAGAGGUGACAGGUCCAUCUAUAUCGCUAAAUUCUUAGCUUGAAUACUAUUUUGUUUUACUAAUUCUAAUUAACUCCUUUUUCAGUGUAUUUUACUGUGUUUAUUCAUAUGAGAUCAGCAGGUAUUUAUCAGACUUCCACUGUGUGCCCAGCACUAGUUAGUUAGUAAUAGGGGAAUCUCAAUUUCAGUUUUGCCUGCCUGUGAAGGUGUUUUCUCCAGAUGUUAGCAGUGUUAUUUUCAUUUAUAAGCAAACUUGAGCAGAAGGUGGCCUAUUUGUAAACAGAACAAAACAAAACAAAAAGUCCCAAUUUCAUUAGGUUCAACUGAGAUGUACCACUGUAGAAGUGAAAGUGUUUAAAAAUAAAAGACCCACGUUCUUUAACAUUUUAAGAAAAAUUCCACAAGUUAGUCAUUUCUGUUGGUAAUGUAAGGUUAUGGUAUAGCUUGGAAAGAAGCAAGAGACUACAUUUUAGUCCAUGUUCUUCCACUUACGUCAGCCAAGCAACCCUGAGUCAGUAAAUUAUUCUCAGUCUUAUUUCUAAGUCCUAGUUUCCUUAUUUGUAAGUUUGGAUAAAACUAUUUAGUGAUAAUCAGCGAACAACAUUCUUCAGCUAUUAUGUCAUACUUAUUAAGUUACAAUUGGUGAUGAGUGUACCUUUAGAAAAAAUUUUAAAUGAAAACUGCUUCUAUUCAUCACACUUACUUGGUAUCAAAUAUAUACCGAGGGUAUGCUACCUAAAAACCUGAAAAAUUCCUAACAAGGUGCUACAUUAGAAUCAUGUUUUAUGCUUGAAAUGAAAGAAAAACAAAUGAGCUUAUUUGUGGACAAAAGAGUGAGAACGUUCAUCAUCAGGUCAUCAAUGGUUAUUUAGCACAACAGAAAAGCUAGCUUUAGGUUUUUCUUUAGUUUAGCACUCUUCUGUAGAUCUGGCAUAUUCUUCAGGUACUAAAGAUAAAAUAGGUGGUGAAUUUAAAGUGAUAUAGAAGCUACCCAUGGGAUUAGGGGAAAUAUAAGGUGAUAAGAAAAAGAGCUUCUCACAGACAGAUGUAGGUUAGGUACUGUAACAGCCUGGGGAGAGAGGGAAGCCACGAGUAGUGUAGAAAGGAGACUCAACUGAAUGAGCUCAAAAGUUAGUGUUGUCUUGCUUCAGAAGAUGCUCUGCAGUGGUGAAACACUCCCUGAGAGUUGGUAGGAAUCUUGGUAUGGCCUAGUAUAUAUACUGCUGCUAGAAAGAACUGUCAUAACAAAUGUGCAUUGUGAGUUUUCAUGUGGAGAGAUAUGAAACUUCAUAAUGCAAAUCUAAAUAGCUCUCAAAAACUCACCUUUCCCAUUACAUAUUAUACUAAUUGCUCCCAAUGUAAAAGAGAAGGUCUUGUCUUUCAUGUGCAAUGCCCUGGGUUUGAUCCCUAGCACCACAAAGAGAUCAAAAGGAGCUAAGGCUUGCAGACUGUUACUGGUAUCCUAGACUUUGAUUCAAUGCAAUUUCAAAAAAAAUUAUUUUUCUUUUUUGUCUAAGAAAGCUAGUCAAUAAGGGUGUAACUCAGAUAAGGACAGAGAUUUGGCCUAGAGACACCCAGUGGCUUUAGUUCCUUACACAGACCCUGUCUUUGACCCUUGCAGCCUCUCGUGGAUGCUGUUCUUGAAACUAGACAAAAAGAAAGAAUUAGCAUAUUUCCUAAUUUGCUGUUGAGCAUAAUUGCCAUUCAUUCUGUAGCCUUACUACUAACCCUGCUUUCAUGCCAGAGGUGGAAUAAAUAUUUGAUACUCUUUCUAUAAACAUUUUUAAAAGAUUUUAAUAAAAAAGAUAAUGCUUAUUUCCAAAGCAGCUGGCAUAUCAUCGCUACCAUGGCUUUAUUCUUCUGUAGUAAGUUUCCCCUCUUUACUGGGGAGAGGCAAAUAACUCUCACUGGAGAAAUCCAUAGGUCACCCUUGUCACCUUUGGUACCCUUCUAGUUUAAGUCUUUGUCUUAAUUGUGACAUUACACUUUUUGUUUAAAACCGUUUAAAAGUUGUAUUCAGUGAUUCUUCCAACAAAUUUACCUGCUCUGCACUAUUCAUAAAUGAAACCCUGGCUACCACGUAGCCCUUGACCUCCAGGUAGUUUACCUAUGCAAGACUUGUGACACUCUGGAUUCACUUUUCUUCAUUACAGAAAACAGUCGUAAAUGUAACGUAAUCAUAAAAGGUUUGUCUUCAAGUUUUUUUUUUUUUCCAAAAUAUCAGCUAUUUCCCUCUGUAUUUUUUACCAAAACAAUUAUUGUAAGUGCUAGAAUAUAUACUGUUUUGCAGGAAUAAAAUAACCAAGACAUAUGCUUUGGUGGAUUUUGUUUGGUAAGAAAUGCCAGCACUAACUAUAGAGUUGAUUCCUUGCCUAGAAUAAAUUUUCCCCUCUUAAGAUUCAUAAGUAACAUUUUCUUUUCACAAAGCAUGCAUAUAACUUACACAAUAUAGUCAGGGACCUGAGGUGUAACUUGCUAAGUGAACCCCAAGGUUAUUUUAUCUUGCAAAAGAAACCCAAACCAAACUAAGGGCCUUACAGUUUAUGGUUAGACUGAAUCAAAUGCUGUAACCUCAGUUUUUCCAAAAACAGCUCCUGACUGCACAGCGAGUCAUGCAGUUGUUAAGUAUGAAAUAGCACUGAUAGGAAAUGCAUUUGCAUCUUUGCAGACUGUAUUUCCUUUGGAAAAGACUUUUCUACUUUUAAUAUAAUUAAGCCAUAACAGUUUCAUGCUGUGGAAAGGAUGAAAAGGUUCAUUUUAAGAGAUUAUAUAGUAUGAACUUUCACAUUUAUUGUGAAACAUCUAACUUUGCCAGUGUUCAGCAGGUUUUCUUUUGGGGUGUUGGAGGGUGGUACUGGGGAGGGAUAGUAAUUGUUUUAGGGGUUUUAACUCUGUGAAAUUUGAAAACAGGACAGUUGUUGGCUAAGGUACUUACUAGUUUUGUAGUAAUGUUUUGCUAGCCUGACUUUCCUUACUGUUUUUUAUGUCCAUGGUCGCAGUGACUGUUACUCUUGUUUGGAGUGUGUGCAGAGUCGUGUCUCCUCUGUGUGUAGGCAGUCAGUAUAUGCACACGUGUCCUUUGACUACAGAAGCACACGCUGUGACAGUGGAAUGGGGUGUGGCUGGGAGUGGGAUGCUGAAGCUUUAAGAGCAUUUGUUUUUAUUCAGAACAGUAUUUCCCAUCUUUUGCCUGCAGGCAGGGAAAGUGUACAGUAUUUAUUUUGUUUCUGUUUUACUCUGAAUUUGUAAGUCUUUAAGUAGCUUAUAUUAUUAUUAUAGGGGAAGACAAGUGACUUGCUUAAAGUUGUAUUUAGUAUUCUUCCUGAUUUCUGUAUUUUAAAAAUAUUGAAAUUAAAAUUGUAUUACUUGUUUUUUUAA